AUCGAACAGAACAAAUUCAAAGUAAAAAAAGAAGAUAAAUUACCAACCAUAAAUAAACUAGGGUGCAACUACAGAAUAAUAUCAAAUUUUCAUAAAUUUCAAUCACCAAUUUGAAUACUUUUGAUUUUUUUCUGACGUAAACUAGGUUUAUAAAUUGGUUAUGCCAAAUCAUCAAUUGAAAAAAUCGGUUUUUACCUGAGUUUACAGUUAGGUUACGUGGAUCCAGUUUGAACCAGUUGAUUUCAGUUAACAACUAGUGAAAAGUGACUUUCCUCGAUCUCUUGUUGAUCAGCUAUUAGGCUGACACCGCGCCAUUUUGCUUUACGAACACGUUUUUGGGUUUAAUAGACAGUAAAAACACUUAUUAAUAUAUAAAAAUGUCUGGAGAAGAAACAUCGGCCGAUAGGAAUGUAGAAAUAUGGAAAAUAAAAAAACUCAUCAAAAGUUUGGAAUUGGCAAGGGGGAAUGGAACGAGCAUGAUUUCCCUUAUAAUUCCUCCUAAGGAUCAGAUCUCUAGGGUUAGUAAAAUGUUAGCCGACGAAUUUGGUACUGCUUCUAAUAUAAAGUCUAGGGUAAAUAGGCUCUCAGUACUUGGUGCCAUUACUUCUGUGCAACAUCGUUUAAAAUUGUAUACAAAAGUACCCCCGAACGGUUUAGUAAUAUACUGUGGAACGAUUGUCACAGACGAAGGCAAAGAAAAAAAAGUAAACAUAGAUUUCGAACCGUUCAAGCCAAUUAAUACCUCUUUGUAUUUAUGCGACAAUAAGUUUCACACGGAAGCUCUAACUGCUCUAUUAGCGGACGAUAACAAAUUCGGUUUUAUUGUAAUGGACGGUAACGGCGCCCUAUUUGGUACCCUCCAAGGAAAUACCAGGGAGGUACUACAUAAAUUCACUGUCGAUUUACCCAAGAAGCACGGCAGAGGGGGUCAGUCCGCUUUGCGUUUCGCCCGUCUCCGGAUGGAAAAAAGACACAAUUACGUGAGAAAAGUCGCCGAAGUCGCCACUCAAUUAUUCAUAACGAACGAUAAGCCGAAUAUAGCCGGUCUUAUACUGGCCGGUAGCGCGGAUUUCAAAACCGAACUCAGUCAAUCCGACAUGUUCGAUCCGAGGUUGCAAGCUAAAGUUAUAAAAUUGGUGGACGUAUCCUACGGCGGAGAAAACGGUUUCAAUCAAGCGAUCGAACUGGCGGCGGAAUCUUUGCAAAACGUCAAAUUCAUCCAAGAAAAGAAGUUGAUCGGUAGAUAUUUCGACGAAAUCAGUCAGGAUACAGGCAAAUAUUGUUUCGGGGUGGAAGAUACUCUUCGGGGUUUGGAAUUAGGCGCCGUUGAGACGUUAAUCUGUUGGGAAAAUUUGGAUAUACAAAGAUACGUCCUGAAAAAUCACAAUACCGGUUCCGAUACUAUAUUACAUUUGACGCCCGAACAGGAGAAGGACAAAUCUCAUUUUACGGAUAAAGAAACUGGGGUAGAAUUGGAAUUGGUGGAAUGUCAACCGUUAUUGGAAUGGUUGGCGAAUAACUACAAAAAUUUUGGUGCCACUUUAGAAAUUAUUACGGAUAAGUCGCAGGAAGGGUCUCAGUUCGUUCGAGGAUUCGGUGGUAUCGGAGGUUUAUUACGAUACAAAGUAGACUUCCAGAGUUUACAAUUAGACGAGAUGGAUAAUGGAGACGAAUUCGAUCUAGACGAAUAUUGAAAAAAAAAAUGUAGAGACAAAUUUGUAGAAAAGAAAAUAUAUAUACGGUUCAAUUUUUUUUACUGUCGGUGCAAAUAAGUCAUGAUUGCAAUAUGGUUAAAGAAAUCCACACUAUAUAUAUAUUGAUAUCAUGUGCUUUGCACAAAUUAUGUUAUUGUCUCCAUGAAAUAUAAAAAACAGUUAACCGUUAUUUAUUUCCUCGUUAAAUUAUCUUUUUUUUAAUAAUUAAAUAGGCCAGGUGCUACUUUUUUGACUCUAAUCGAUAUAAAUUAGCUAAAAAUUUCAUUAUAACUAACUUUUUUUUAUUAAUUCCAUUGUUUUUUAUCUUAUUACUAAUUCGGCUGUUUUUUUUUUGUUAUUAAUUGUUUUUGUUUCAAAUUUUUCGAAAUUCGGAAAAAACCUUGUAGUACUGGCCUAAUAAAACACGUAAGGAUCUAUUUUAAGACGCGAUCAGGAAUAUGUAAUUUAGAAUCGAAUUGAUUCUACCAGUAUACAUGUAAAAUUGUCUUUAUUAAAAUAAAUAAUUAAUUUGGGUAAAACGAA